AUGUCGCAGAAGGUAAGUAAAUCUGUUUAUUUCGUUUGCUAUUGUGCGGUGAAUUAAAUUCACUUUCUAAUUCGAAUAUAACGUGACAGUUGGAACAGUGUCUGUAUACUAACUUUUAUUGAAUAGUGACUUAUAGUGUGUGGGAGCUUUAAGUACAAAUAUCUGCAUAAGCAUUCCUAAUCCAGUCUGUUGCAGCCGGUUGCUGUCUCUUUGACUGAAUAAACUGAAGCGACGUUAAAACGCAGAUGAUUUAAUUUCAGUCAGGCUCACGUUAAUAUGUCAUAAAACAUCGGAAACAUAGCCAUCUGCCAGAAACGGUCUGUACAUUUUAGGAAAACUUAAAAUUGUAUUCGGUCAAAUGGCAGACUGUGUGUACAAAUAUUGUUGAAUAUGAGAUUAAAAUGGAAGUACAUUCAUAACAACGAUUUGUCAAUUAGUCCACGUUAAUGAUAUGUGAGUCAUGAUGAAACGUCAUCACAAAACAUUGCUAUCUGAUAGUCGAUCGGUCAGUUAACAUUUCAGGAUUGAAACCUGUGAAUCUACUACUGUUAAAUCGCAGUGUGUAAACGGCGCGCUUUUUCACUUAAAGAUGUCGUGGGCAAAAGCCAAAAGUUGCUGUGAAAAAUAAUUGUAUCGCCAAUAUUGUCCUAUACCUAUAUCCUAAGAGCAGAUAGGCUCUGCUCUCCAUGUCACUCCAAAAUCAUCCUUACAUUUUUGCAUGGAUGCAUGCAACAUUGUUGGGCCAGCAUGUUUGAACAUCGUAUCACCUAGUCCUGACCAUGCUUGUUUGGUAUCUUUGCUGAUGUUGGAUCCAGCUUGAGUGCUUGACUAUUCAAAAUUUUUAUACCACAUCGUCCAAAAUUGUUGGAACUGCAUCGUUCAAAAUUGUUGGACCUUCAACAAAGAGCUACGAGAAUAGAUGUAAAGUAUAAAAUAAUAUUAAUGCAUGAAUACAUGACCUGAGCUAGGCAAUUUGCAUGGACACCGAAGCUGAGACGAUCUAUUUCUUGUUUUCCCAUAGUUAAGCGAACUUGAAAAAGAAUGGCUGUUCAGUUUUGCAUCUGCUGAGAGCAACAUAAAGAAUGUAAAAAGUCUACUAGAGAAAGAUCCCAACCUCGCAACCAAAAAGGUUCACGGUUUGUUGCUUCGAAUAACUUUAUGUUUGUGGUAAUAUAUAUACAUGAUAAAAUUACUACUGAUUAGCCUUUCUCACGCCGCCAUUUUUGGGUGGUGGCAUUUCAGCCGAAGUCUGCGAGAUAAGUCCACAUAACAGCGACUUUUUAUAAUUUUUUGAACGAAUGAUGGUAAAUUUGCUUUGUAAACGUUUAGUUUUUUUUUGAAAAAUUGCUUUUCACAUUGUUUUACUUAAAUUGUCUGCAUUGGUUAACGAGAAUUGGAUGCCACUCAAAAAUGGCGGAUAUUCGUCGACAGUGUAAUUAUUGAGUACAGUGCCGGUGCCAAAAAGUAAUUCAGUGCAAAAAUUGCAAUCCAGUGCCAAUACGUGGCAGCGCCCAAGAGCAAGAUCUAGACACGUCGGUUUGGUUCGGCAUAAUUUUUUCAUGUAUAUUAUUGAUACUAUGGUUUCUCGUAUAAUUUGAAAAAAAGACAUACACUCAAUUCUUGAGUUUUUAGAACACUUCAAAUUGCACUUGUCCUCCAGACUCUGCAAUUUUGUUAGUCUUUGAAAACUCUCUAUAGUGCAUGAUUUCCCAAAAGGCUGAACAUGAUAAUACUCUCUAUUAAUAAUAUUAAUAUAUUUCAUUAUUGAAUGUAAUUUAUUUCUGAUAUUUUUAUGUGAAUUUGUUGCAACUGAAUCAGGAUUUUGUUUUGGUAAGCUGAAGUAAAUUUAAAAUAACUUACCAUAAAUAGCAUAGUUGCCUUUGUCUGACAUACAAGUAACUGUGUUUUUCCUUUUUCUCUGUAUAAAAUGAUGAAUUUUAACUGAAUACAUUCCUAGGGGGUAUGUAUGAAUUUUAAAGAACCAUUUGUCCAUUUUAAAGCCGAAUUGUUAACAUCUAAAUUAUUCAUUUUUUGUUUUUAUUUAUCGUUUUAAUGAAUGGUAUGGUGACCAAUAUAGUACGUAAGUGAUUUACAACUCAUCUAUGAUAUUGAAUUUUUUUUUGUAAAAAAUCUCUUGUAAUAUAUUUAACCUCUGAUAUUUAACCAUAUAUAGGCUUGAAUUUAGAUCUAAUUUAUACACUGCUUUUAUCAGACAGCUCUUCAUUGGGCUGCUAAGAAUGGAAGAAUUGAUAUGGUGGAUUUCCUGCUAGCACAUGGAGUGGACACUGAAAUGCGAACUGUAUGAUAAGACAAAAUUUUAAUUGUUGUUGUCAUCUACUUCCUUUUAUAAUAGCGAUGUAGGAAGCUCGAGAAUUAAACUAUGGAGAAGCAGUCAUCUGUAGAUUUAGGGUAUCUACUAAAGCCUGGACUGCCUGGUUUCCAUAUGGUCGUAACGGUCGUAAAGAUUGAGUCACGAUCUUUCUCAUCAGCCGAAAUACAACUUUUAAGAACUGAAAAUACGCGGAGUGAUUAUAACUAGAGAAUACUCAUGAUUUAUAUGUGGUUUAUACGUAUAAACUAUUAUAAACUGGCUGUUGAGAAAGAUCAUGCCUCUAUUUUUACGAUCAUAUGGAAACCAUGCAGGUUAAGGUUGCAUGGUAACUAAUUAUCUGUACUUGAAAUCUCGUGUAAGUGUAUAGAGUUUGGUUGAUUCUUUCCUGGGUUUCUCCGCGUCUUCCGGUUUUCCUCCCUGGCCAAAAACCUAUACCCAUAAGUCUUAGUUGUCGAACUGCGGAUGAACAGAACAUUACCAGCUUCAUUAUAUUUAAUUUCACUGGAAUUAUUCUAAUGAUUGAGGAAGAUUUUAGGGUAGGGAGGGAAAGGGGUAAAAGCUGACGUAUUCUGCCGUGCCCCCCCCCUUCAUGCGCCCCCUAUCUGUUUAGAGAGCAUGCAAAACGUAUAAUCUGAAAUGACGUUCUUUUAAUUUUUUAUGUUGCGGGAAUGGUCUCCACAUAUAGAAUGUAAGUUGAAAUAUUUUUCUCAUAUAUCUCGGAUUUGUAUGUGACAAAAAUCAUUGAUACUUAUAUCAUUUAUAUUUUUUUCUAUAUCCUUCCAUAUAUCUCGCUGGUGAAAAAAGGGGGUAAGAGAAUUAUUUUUUAUUUAAUGAUGAACAAUAGAAAGAGUUAAGUCACAGUAGCGCGCAAAAACAUGUCUGAUAUUUAUAUACUUGGUUUCAAUUAAUGUUCUAGGGAUACACACCACUACAUUUGGCUACCAUGCAUAAUCACAAUGAUGUCGUGUUAUUGCUUGUUGAUGACUAUGGUAAGAUCUUUCUCCAUUGAAUGAAUAAAUAUAUCUCAUUGGUUCGUUUUUUAUCUUAUUUUUCACCCUGCUCGGUUUCCUUUGUUCUUAUCGGGGAAUAUAUUCAAUAAUUCAAUAUUCCCCUCUAAUCAAUUUCCGUUUAAUAAUCCCCUCUAAUAUUCACCUGCAAUGUCUUUGCAGCACAAAAAAAUGAGAAAAAACAACAUCACGAAGGCAAUAUGGCAUUAAGAAUUAUUUCUAUUCUGAAUCAUUAACGCGACCUCGCAAUUAAUGUGAAAAAUAAGUAUACGUUAUUUUGAGGCACCUCGGGGGUACGUGUUUAUUCUUGUGCGCCUCGGUGAAUAAAUCACAUAUCCCCUCGUAGUGCCUCAAAAUAACCUAUAUAAAAUUAGUAAGUUCAAUAUUCUCGGAGGGGGGAGGAGGUGGGAGCAAUAUUUCCUGCUGCCCCUCCCGACGCUGCGUACUGCCCUGCUCCCCAGUUAUAAUUCUGUGCACUCUUUCUUUAAUAUCUUUACGUAUUGUUUCCAAAAGGAGCAAGCAUCGAUGCAAGAGACCAUAGUGGCAAAAGACCAAAAGACUACCUCAAACGAAAUGCAAUGCCUUCUGUUAAAAGUACGUUUAUCUACAUUAAAUAUGCGGUUAUUUCAAAAAUGAGGGAACUGCACAUAGACUAGGAAAGUGCUAAUUUCGUCUUUUAAUCAUAUUUAGAUAAACUACAAAGACUCGAUUCAUGUAAGUGAUAUAAAAAAACUAAAAGUAAACCAGUUCAACAAAUUAUUUAUAUCAGGGGCGUAGGAAGCACUAAAAAGUUGAGGGGCACCGGUUUCGAGGGGCACUUUUGGAAUGAAAAGGGCACCUAAAAAAUUUCCCCCGGAAAUGUUAGCGACGGGGGAAAGGGGGGGGGGGACGGAGAGAAGGAAAAAUAAAUGCAAUCAUAAAUCAAAGGCAGUUAAGGCCGACUCACGGGUGAGAUCAAAUGAAAGUGACAGAAAGAAUUAAAGCCAAAUUUUGCCAUUUGUCGUGCUCCAGCCCGAUUUCCGGUUCUGAAAGGCCCGAUUCGCAGCAAAGAGUGCGCGCCAAGCAGGCUAGUCAUUUCUCAUUGUUUAACUGCCCCACACUCAAGUAACCACAAAGACUCGCAGAUGCUCUAACUAAACAAAGUUCGUUUAUACUCGAUAGCAGUCUAUCAGUUCUGAACUGUUCUGUCUGGGGAUCCGGCAAGGGUAGAGCGUUUGCACUCAUUCCCCAGGGACCAACUCAACAAAAGCCAUGGCGGCCAUCACUGGCCAUGUUGGUGUUCCAGACAAAAGACUCUAAUUAAAAUUCUUUUGAAUUGGAACACCAACUGACUAACAUGGCGGCUGUGACGUCAUGUGCAAACGCUCUAUAGGAAGAAACCUAAACUAAACUAUAUUAUGAGUGUAGUACAUCGUCGUAUCACUAACUGUUAAAGUUUCCGACCGAUUACGAAAUGUUUUAUGUUUUCUAGGUCCGAAAGAAAAUGGCGAGAAGCCGAUGACAAACAUCAGCAAUAUGUUUCUACAGAUGUGUUUAGUAAGUCCACCUGAAGUGGACGUUUGUAGCGAGGAAAAAACCGCUGUUUUCCUAUCGCCAUUUUUUCUUCCAACAAAUCCAGAAACACAAACAAUCAAAUUGAAGGUAAGACAGGCCGCUUAGAGUUAAAAUAUAUGCAUGGUUUGAGGUUGGAAAAAUUAAGGUCCCAAAUUAAAAGGGAUUGCCUGCAUAGGCUUUUCAAAUCGUUUAGUUAAGCCGGUAAGUAAGUAAGGAUGUGCUAAUCAUCCUAUACUUGCAGCUGAGAGCUAAGUUGAAUUGGGAAGGACGAAACUCAACUGAUCAACUUGAAGGCUUCCUGAAGGUCCGUUUACACUUGCAAUUUUUGCUGCGAAUUGAGGUGCGAUUUCUUCUUCUGAUGUAUGUGAACGAGUGAAUGAGUUAUGAAUGUUCAGAUGAGGGCACAUGUACCCCAAACAUUCAUAACUCAUUUACUCGUUCACAUGCAUCAGCUUACGAAAAUCGCACUAGAAAUCGCAACAAAAAUUGCAAGUAUAAACGGACCUGACGUGACGCAUGUCUGAUCACGGAGCACAUGCAGCGUCGGUGGAAGGGUCUGUUGGGGGCAAAUCCCAACCCACCCUGUCAACAUUCCCUAUGGGAGGAAACCGGAGUACCCAGAGAAAACCCACGACUUUCGGGAGAGCGUUGACUGACUCUUUUCACAUAAAUGCCAUGAGUCCGCAGCGAGAAUCGAACCCUUGAUCUCAGAGGUGAAAGGCGCUUUCUCUGUUUUGUAAUUCCGGAAGGAAUCAAGGAAAUCAUGACUGUAAACUACAAAUAUUUGUAUAUCUGAUCCAAAAUCCUGCUGAUUUACAUAAACGUUAAGUCCAUUUUGUCACUAAAUAUCAUUCAUGUCUUUAAUUACGAACCAAGGCGAAUCAAGUGAAUUUUGCUACUGUUGCUAAUGCUACACGGCUAUACAUUAAUUAUUGUUAAAAUACUAAAUUAAGUUGCUAAAAUUCUAUAUAGUAUCACUAAUAUAAAGUUAUUCUAAAGUUUAAUAAGUACUAAUAAUAACAUAUAAACGUUUUAACAGUUUUUCGCUAAAGAUAUGCAAUUUUCAAUUUUGUACAACUGACCAUAAACGACAGUAAUGUAUAGAAUAUCUCAGUCGAAAGCUCAAAAUUACCUAUAUGGCUAUAAACCUAUACCCAUAAUUAAUAACGUCUUAUUAACCGAGCGCAAGGUCUUCACAGAGAAAUAUCGGACCGAUGUCUUUUUUGUACAGACCGAGACGGUAGGGGCAAGAUUAAUCAAAUGUUAAAGAGCAUUCUAGGUUUUCUAUCGCUCUCCCGACAUAAGCAUUAUCCCAGGUGGAACGCUCUUUCUCUAUGGACAUGGUAUUGAAACUUUUUUCCAUUUUCCAGUUGCCAGAAUCUGCCCAUAAUCCAGGAUUUCUAGAACUGUCCUCCACAUACUCUCUGCACUGUCUUACCAAUUCGGUGGUUUCCUUACUUCUAUAAAAUUGGUGCUUGUAAUCGAAAGUAUCUUGCAAACAUAAGUCAUGAGCUUUCUUUGGCUUCUUGUGAUGUAUUAGGUUGACUCCGCUUACAUUAUCCAAUGAUGUAUCUGCAUCGUUAAAAUGAAUGUGGACGCAAACAACAUGGUCAUUGUCCUUUGGGUCAUCUACAAGAACUAGAGCCAUUGGUGUACCAUUCGACGCCUUUUUCUUAAGUUUAUAAUCCCGGAUGUUGAAAUUUGUAUGCAAUAAAAACUCUCUGGCUGCUGCAGUUGUCAAUGCUCGCGCUUUAAAUCCCACUAUCCCGGAAAGUGAUAGAAAACAAAAUUUGAAGAAUCCAGCAUCACGAAAGAGGGUCAACUUGACACCUUGAAUACAUGGAAGCUCCAAUAUUGGAUCAUCUUCUCCUGAUCUCAACUUCUCUGAUGGCAUGGUGGUUACUACUUGGGGAGAGGGGCGGUCAACUGCUCUGUAUGCAUUCUUUUCUAUUUCACUUUUUUUAUCCCAUUUUUUCUUGAACUCCUGAAGCUGCUCCUGGUUUUCUGGUUUGUUGAAGUGGACAAAGCAAGGAGUAAAAUAAUCACCAAAGGUUUGCUCAUCACUACCGGAUGCAGAUUGUACAGUCACGGUACAACCAUUCUCAUUCCAAGGCCGGUCUUGCAUGAGUGCCAGCUGAUAUAAGUCGUCCACCAAUACCCCAGAGUAACAACUAUCUGCUAUUAUAACUAGAUGCUUGUUUUUCUUUACACCAGUGGCAUUGUCGUUUUCCUGUUUCACAGCUGCAAUCCAUGGUUCGAGGAGACCUUGCAAGUCGCAAAAGCCGACAUCGUGCAAGCACAGCUCACCACCUUUCACUGUCCGAUUUGGUGUUAAAAAACUUUCUGCAGCUGCAAAAUACUGUUGGGGGUCGGCAAGAAAUCCUACUUUAUCAAGACGGGGGGAAGAGGACACAAGAUAUCUUUUACUCAUGAUCAGGUUUGCUUUGUUCAGCUUCUUCGCACCUUGCUCACUAAGACCAUGUCCGACAUAAUACAACAGCACCAUUUCGUCUUGUUCUGGUUGAGAUGUAUUUCGAAUUGGGUCAAAUGCAUUGUCAAACGCCCACUUUAUUAGACUUUUAAAGACUGUAUCUUGUAGCUGUUCGCUUUUAUCAACAGUUUCUUUAACAUCCCCGUAAAAUCCAGUUUUCAAAAAAUCUGAAGAUGUUAGCCAUUGCCAAACUUUGUCGAAGUCGCCUCGCGUGUUGGUUUCAUCCUGACCUGGAGAAGUGACGCUUGUAUCCAACUUCUCAGGAGAAGGGAGUAUAGCGCAACGAGGGUGCUUGAUAAGAUCGUCCAGAAAUUCACGAUCUUGUCGCUUUCUUUUUGCCAAACGAGCACCAAGUCUAAGUUCAAUUCCCAAGCUCAUCGUAUGGUUGUAUUCGAGUGUUUUGUUUGUCCUACUACAGAAUUUAACGUUUAGACUUCAGUAGACUCGGUUUAAUAGCGUCGGGACGCACCUUUACAAACCAAACACAAAACGAAGCUUAAAAUUAAUUAAGAUGCAGCUGUCCAAAUAUUCGUUAAAUUAAAUUGUUACUUGCCUAUAUGACGUAUUAUUUGCAUGAAUGAUGCUGUUGUAAGUAGAUAUUUUCAUUUGCUGUCAGAGGUUUUACCGUUUCAGCAUUCUUGGUCUAAGAGCGUUUGGAACAUGCCUACCACUUUCCUGCAACAACUCCAUUUCUCUGUUGAAUAAGAAUCGGCCGACUUCAGUAUUCAAAGAUUCCAUUCUAUAUUUAAAUUAUUUAAAUUAAUUCCCUCGUGCAACACCCAACAACAAUAUGUAACAACCGACCUCGUAACAGUUGUAUAUAAACAGGGGCUAAAAUGAGAAUUCUUUUAAAAAAUCUUUUAAAGAAUUCUUUUAAUCAAGAAUUCUUUUAAAUAGUGUUUCUUAAGUUAAGUUCUCGACCUUUAAUGGACGUGAUUUAAUUGUAUUAGGAGUUUAGGACACACCUUAAGCUUUACAAACCAAAUAGUACAAGAAGCAUACAGGUGGCAAACCACUUAUAGUUUCAAAACAACGUUAACAUACCGAGAUUCUUAAGAAACACGUUAAAUGGCCAGCAGUUUCUAUAGACCCUUUGCACUGACGUCACAAAUCCUUAGAGUGUCCUCCAAGCUCCCUAACAAUAUCUGUUCGGGUACAACAACCACAUACAGCCCAGAAAUUAACCAUUUUAAUACAAAAUUAUUAUAAACUUUUGCAAAAUUUACUUUGUUUACAAAAGUUAUAUUAUGCAUAGAUUGCCAAUUUGUCCUCCAGAUGCGUCGUCACCGGCGCUGUGACGUCAUGUGCAAAGGGUCUAUAAUAAGUGAAUAUCAUUUUGCGAAAAAACAAGGGAAACAGGCAAAUUCGGGAAUGGCGAAGGUACACCACUAUUUCAUCAGUCCACAAUCCCCCUCUUAUAAUCUCUUUUACGGAAUGACCUCGUUUCCAUGUCAACUUACUUUAGAAUGUCAGGGGCAGAUAAAGAUUAUAUUCCCAUGUUUUCCUGGACGAAUUUGUUUCUUGCUGUUGUUAGGCUCAACAAAAAAGUAAUUCUCAACCCUACUGAGCACAAAACAUGAGUAAGUAUUUGACAUGAAAACGAGGCCAUUGAAUAAAAGAGAAUAAUCGGUAAGGUCCAUUGUCUUGUUUUCUGGACUGAAAAGAACAGAAUGAACUGGAGGUCACACAGAGGCUAGACUGCGAGCAAUUCCCUCUCUUUUCUUCGUUUAUCUUAGUCCGGGAAAAUAAACGAAAGAAAAUAGAGAGAUUCGCAUUCUACGUCUAAAUAGAAACCACGAAUUUGAACAGUGUUAAUUUAUGUUCUAAAUGAAAGUUCCACUGUUUUAAUACAACCUAUACAGUAAUACUUUUUCCUUUCGUUCCGUGUAGAAUCCCACAACCCGGCGUUCACGCGUGAACACGACGUUUCGAAAAGUGCGACCGAAGCUGAGGAAAACGACACGCGUUGCGGUGGAUGAAGGAAAUCUCGAAGCAAAGAAGAGGAUAGGGUCACCUGUUCCAAUGAGAAAUAACUUCCUGGAUUUUUCAGGGUGAGUUUAUGCAAUAUAAAGAAUUUUAUUAUAUUAAGGAGCGUUCAUUAUUUAUGGCGUGGGUGAAUGAGUGACAAUGAAAAUUACACAAGCAGUUAUCAAACUCAUGUCACAAAAGUGGUAAAGGACAUGUGUGACAACUGAAUGGUAUUCCUUUGUAAAGUUUUUGGCCAGGGGUGGGUAUUUAUUUUUUAAUUGAAAUUUUGACUUUUUAAUGGUUGGAUGAGCAAAAUUUUUACCAAUUUUUACCGCGGGCCCUUUGUGUUUUGAAACACAAAAAGUGAUUUUUUGUGUUGGUGUUGUGUACUCAGGUGAAUAUGAUGUUUGUGAUGUUACUCUGAGUGUGUAUCCACACCGGGAAAGCUUGAAAAAUAUGCCUGGCCACCGUGGCCAGAUACAUACUCAGAGUAACAUCACAAACAACACAAAGAGUGUUGAAAAACAAGGCGCUAUAGAAGUAAACGUCGGGAAAUUUGAAGGCUAUUUGGUCCCUUGUAUGUUUUUAUUUACUUUAAAUAUUUUUCAUCCAAAAUGAUGGAAGUCAAACUGAAUAUCAGCCCUUACAAUUGCUAUCUUUAUUAGAGUCCCUCGACAAGAAAGAGCAAAAUCAGAACCAGAUGUUGGAAAACUUAUAGAAAAAUUAGAAUCGAAGCUGGAUGAAAGAUGACAUUGAAUCGCAGAUGUAUAAAGUCUUCUGUGGCAAAAUACGUCCUUUUCGCUGAGACUUGAGAAGUUUGUGAUUUACAGCAGACUAUAUACCAUGACGAUAUCCCGAUUAGAACGGCUCAAAAAUACAUAUAACAUCCCCAAAAUGUAACCACAAAAUGAAAUUAACCCAAAAAUAGUGUUACCAUUGGUUUAGCCAGGUGGGACACAACCUCCGCGGAAUGGAAUUACGUGUAUUGGAUAGCAGUUGAAUGUAGGAAAUAAAGAAUAAGUAUUUGAGACGCUAUAUAUAGAAUGAUAUUAUGAGUAAUAUAUAGCAAACUUUAUCUAUGAUUCUUAUCAAAUUUGUCAAGUAUUUAAUGAAUGGGUAUUAAAUUGCCUGUAUUUGUAUAUAGGAGAGUUAUGGAUUAGGGUUAUAAAAAAUAUAGCUACUAAUCAUGGUUUGAACAAUCGUGGUCAAACAAGAUAUGGUUUC